AUGUACUCUGAACCUGACAGGGAGGUAUCGCCCGAUCGCCCGGAGACACCCAGCUCAUUUGAAUGCUACAUCACUCUUCGCGGCGGUCGUAGCUCGGCCGCAGAUCUCUCGCCUUCUAGCCUUAAUCACGCGAAACACGAGCGACUCACUGACAGUGAAGAAUACAAGAGGGCAGUUUUUAAUGCAUCCUUUCUUCAGGCGGAGAACUCGUGGCUUCGGAGAACCAGAAAAUCAGCGAUAGCACUUUACGAAGGCACUGUUGAACCCACCAUAGAAGUACUCUCAAACGGCAGUGAUAAUAUUCAUGACGCUCUCACACAGUUUCAUGUUGCGUUUGGGGCUGUCAACCAGGCCCUAGCCAUCUGUGACGGAGAAGUGGCAUCCGAUGUGGAAGCUACGCUCAGAGACUUGAUUCCCGCUUUUGAAACUUGUAGGGAAGGCCUGGCAAAAGUCCGCAGCGCGUCGGAGAACCUGAAAAGCGGAGCGCAGACAUUUUCCGACCGGAUCACAGAAUCAAAUAGGAGCUACGAAAACUUUUUUGGUAUAACUUAUGAGGAGGGAGAUGAGGUCACACCAACGAUUAAGAGAUAG